CCCGGUGACGUCGUCACGGGAACGGUUGGUGCUGGUGGGGGACUGACUCAGUGAAGAAAAGAAAUGGCGAUGCUCGGGUUUAGCGCAGCACAGCACAAGAAAAACGUCUCUGACGGGAGCGGCGAUGUGUCAGAAUUCGUCUGUCCGGUUUGUCUGGAGAUCUUCGAGAGUCCCGUAACCACACAAUGCGGCCAUACGUUCUGCCAGAGUUGUUUGCAGGAAUGUUUGCGUCCACAAAAGCCUGUGUGUGCAGUUUGUCGGGCCACUCUGGGCCACUGGACUAAAGCUGCUGAUCUAGAGGCAGUCAUCCAAUCAUCUGUGGCUGCUUGCAAGGGAUGCGGAGUUCAGGUUGGCCUUUCUCAGAUGAGAAGCCACACUGCUGCCUGUUCAAAAUACCAGGAGUACAUUGAGGAGGGAGUGAGGACCACUGCCCAGAGCCAGCCUGCCAUCAUCAGUCCAGUGCCAAAUCGUUACACCUUCACCUGCCCCUACUGCAACUGCCAGAACCUCGAUCAGGACGGCCUGGUUGAACACUGCACUUCCCAACAUGCUCGAGAUGCACGCCAAGUGGUGUGCCCUAUCUGUGCCUCAAUGCCUUGGGGGGACCCUAACUACAGGAGUGCAGACUUUUUCCAGCACCUGAAGAUCAGACACACUUUCUCCUAUGAUACAUUUGUUGAUUACUCCACAGACGAGCACACAAUGAUUCAGGAGGCUUUACAGCGCUCCCUUUUGGACAACUGAAGUGUGAAGAACAAUUCACCAGGAGGAUGAAUCCAGUGAAGUAAAGGGGAGAUGGUCUUGAAAAGACAGAACACCACACUGUAUCAUCAUUCAUCUAGCAUGAGGAUGGUGGUACUGACUUACUAAGGCUAAUUAUUUUCAUAGGGAACUGGUAUUGUAUCUAUGGAUCUAUAGGUUUAUUAUUCAAAAAAUAAAUGCAAUAUGGCUCAAAAACAUAUUGUACCGUUUGAUUUAGGAGUAAUACUGUGUUUCUGGUGUGAUAAUCUUCCCCCCGGCUGAGUCUGUAGACUUGAUAGUUUGUUGAGUAUCUACUAAACUAUGUUUGUUAAGUUGUUUGUUCAUUAAUGACAUGGUGUCAUAUAGCCAAACACUUCCAAAGUCGUGAUUGAAAUUCCCACAUUGUCAACACUUGAUGUAAUAAGAGGGUUUGACCACUAGGUGGCUAACUAUUGCCAACAAAAUGACAAACUUCACUCAGUGAAGUCGUUGAGUAAUGUUAAUAAUAUAUAAAAUUCAACUUGAGUGAAUUUGCAUGUUUACUCUCAAGAGAGGAAUUGAGAUUUAGUUUUUUUGUUCAUUUCCGAGUAUGGUGUUUCGGCAGAUCUGUCUUUUUUUAUGCUGUUUCUGGGUAAAGUGUGUGUGUGUGUGUGUGAGAGAGAGAGAGUGUGUGUUUAUUCUGUUUUCAGAGAUCUACUGGAAAGAAUAAAUAAUAUGAGGGUCAAACAAAGCCAGAGAUGGCAGUUUGCUGUAUUGUAAUGUUUCUCCCUUAUGUCUUUGUGCCUGCUGGUAGAUCUUGUUUCUGACUUCCAAAACUCAUAGGGCUAAUAGUACAUCCAGUAAAUCGUAAGAUGCAAGUCGGACAACAUCAGCGUGGUCAUCAGUUUGGUGAUGUAUUUAUUUUUUUAGUUUGGUGACAGUUUAUUUGCAUGUUUAACGCCACAUGAGGGCAGUAGAGUUCUACCUUCUUCUGACCGUCCACACCAUCUCCUGGCCCUCACCAGCCUCCUGGUUCUUGCAGGACAUAAUUCAGCACUAAAUCACUAAAUUUGUUUUAGUGUGUUGUUGUCUGGCUUACUUUAGCUCAAAUGCAACAUACAAAAUUGUCACUGAUGUUUAUAAACUGAGGUUUUUCGGUUCUUUGCCACAUUGCAAACAUAAUCACCACAACUUUACUUUUGGGCAGUUGAAGUGACAUGAGUUAAGACAUUAAAUGUAACGUACUGUAGUGUGUUUCUCAUGCCCAGUGUCUUGGAUGGUCUGCAAAAAAAAAAAAAAACACUCCAGUUUGUUGUGGCUUUCAUAUUUUCUCUCCUCAAAAGUUCCGGGGAAAAAAAGUCUCUUUAUUUGUAUGCCUCCAAACCUGACAGCAUGUGAAGUUAAAAGAAGAUUCAGUUUGAUUUUGCUUAAUUUUGACUGGGUGUUUUUUGUUUUAUUUUUUUAAAUGUGAACUGUGUCUUAUUUUAUUUUACAUCAAUGUUGUUUCUCAAUGGCUUGUAAGUGUCUCAGAUCAAUCACAUACAGUAGUACGAAUAUUCACACAGUUGCAUUGCAUUUGUCUUCUCCAAACCGGUGAAUAAAACUUCUUACAUGCAGAUUAAGUAGCUCUAGAGCAGAACCUUAAUGCCUUUUCACCUAGUCUUUGGUUCCACUUAGGAUGUUCUUUUUCUUCCUCUCCAGUAAAAUGUGUAAUACUUUUACAUGUGUUUCUAAUGUAUAAUGAUUUUUUUUCUCCUCAAUAUAUCUCUCAUUCUCUUUUGUCAGCCCUACUGUCAGGGGGUGCUAAAUCCUGAUAAAUUAAAGCUCUUUAAUUAUUUAAACCCUG